UUUUAUUAUUAUUUUUUGUUUCGAUUGAGCCUGCCUGGAGAAAGGAAUUAGCGAAGAUGACGCAGCGAUGUGUUCCGGCACCGUUCUUGACGAAGACGUAUCAGUUGGUGGAAGAUCCGAUCUCCGACGAUGUGAUUUCCUGGAACGACACCGGAACUACCUUCAUCGUCUGGAAACCUGCAGAUUUCGCUAAGGAUUUGCUUCCUAAGUACUUCAAGCACAACAACUUCUCCAGCUUCGUUCGCCAACUCAACACCUAUGGUUUCCGGAAGAUAGUGCCGGACAGAUGGGAAUUCGCGAACGAGUCUUUCAAAAAAGGAGAGAAAGAACUACUCUGCGAUAUCCACCGGCGUAAGGCGGUGCCGGCGUCUCUACACGUCGGAAAAUGCAACGGCAAUGGAGGAGGAGGAGGAAUGUCAACGCCGGCGAUUUCGGGGGAGGAUGUGGGGUCCACCUCGACCUCGUCACCUGGAUCAAGGAACCACGCGUCAGAUGAGACGACGGCUUCGGAUCUGUCGGACGAGAAUGAGAAGCUGAGGAAGGAUAACAAGAUGCUGAGUGCAGAGCUGGCGCAGACGAAGAAACAGUGCGAGGAGUUGAUGGCUUUCUUGUCCAACUACCUCAAGGUGGGUCCCGAGCAGAUAGACCGCAUCAUGUCGCAAGGGACCAAUGGGCCCAGCCGUAAUCCGUCGGUCGAGAUUUGCCGUGACGGUGACAAUAUCAGUAACGACAAAAACAUCAACGAUGAUGAUGAUGAUGAUGAUGAUGAUGACGAAAAACUAAGUGGAGAAGAAAGGGAGGAGGAGGAGGUGGGGGAGGAAGAAGAAGUGAAGCUGUUCGGGGUUUGUUUGAGGAUGAACAACAAUAAGAGAGGACGUGGCCCUGAAGACUUGGGUGGGGCCGGGGGUGGGUCACCGAUGAAAGUGGCGAGGGAUUUCGAGGUGCCAUGGAUGAGGAUAUCUUCUUCACCAGGCGAGACCAGCAAGGUCUGCAACUGAAGUCUGGUAAUAGUAGUAGUAGUAGUAA